AUGUCCCCCCUCGAAAGCGACGGUAUCUCCGUCACGUACGACUCGCAAUGUACCCGUAUUCCGGAUCUGCGCCUGCUCCACUACAAUGAUGUGUAUCACGUUGAGGCUGGAUCGGCAGAACCCAUUGGUGGUACCCCGCGCUUCCAAUCUCUCGUCAACUUCUACCGCUCCGACCCGCGCUUUGCCGGCCAGCCCGAUGCCCUCACCUUUUUCUCCGGCGAUGCCUUCAACCCUAGCCUCGAAAGUACUGUCACAAAAGGGAAGCAUAUGGUGCCAUUUCUGAAUAAAGUGGGCACGGACGUGGCUUGUGUUGGUAAUCACGAUUUGGAUUUUGGCGUCGCACAGUUUCGACACUUGGCCGGCCAAUGCCAUUUCCCUUGGUUACUGGCCAAUGUCCUUGACCCUGCACUGGGAGACGAUGUGCCCAUCGCCAAUUGCCGCAAAACAUGCAUGUUGACCUCAUCGAAUGGGAUCAAGGUUGGUGUGAUUGGACUCGGUGAAAGGGAAUGGCUCGGGACAAUCAACUCCCUUCCUCCCGAUCUGAUUUACAAAUCCGCAUCUGAAACCGCCAAGAUAUUGGCGCCACAGCUUCGAGAGCAAGGAGCAGAGCUGGUUGUCGUCGUCUCCCAUCAACGCGAACCGAAUGAUAAUAAAUUAGCAAACAAUUUACCGGCAGGAUUGGUCGAUAUCAUCUUAGGUGGCCAUGAUCACUACUACGCCCACUCUGUGGUCAAUGGAACCCAUAUUCUCCGCUCAGGGACCGACUUCAAACAGCUAAGCUACAUCGAAGCAUUCCGCAAAUCAGAUGGAGCUUCGGGCUGGGACUUCACCAUUACCCGACGAGAUGUCACUCGUUCGCUCCCGGAGGAAGCAUCGACGGUCGCGCUUGUCGAGCGACUCACUUCCAGCCUCAGGGCCAAGUUGGAAAAGCCCGUGGGGUAUACGGUGACCCCUCUAGACGGCCGCUUCUCGACGGUGCGACAACGCGAAUCGAACUUGGGAAACUUCGUCUGUGACUUGAUGCGGUUCUACUAUGCAGCGGAUUGUGCUAUGAUGGCAGGCGGGACCAUCCGCGGUGACCAAAUCUAUCCACCGGGCAUUCUUCGAUUGAAAGACCUGCUGAACUGCUUCCCUUUUGAAGAUCCCGUUGUCCUGUUGCGUGCGAGAGGUCAGGCAGUGCUUGACGCAUUGGAAAAUGGUGUUAGCCAGCUGCCGGCACUCGAAGGCCGGUUCACCCAAGUGUCCAACAUCUCGUUCGGAUUCAAACCCGAUGCGCCCAGUGGAUCACGAAUCACAUUUGCUCGCAUCGGUGGAAAACCCAUCGACCUCCAGAAGAACUAUGUCCUAGCAACACGCGGAUAUAUGGGCCGGGGCAAGGACGGUUUCUCGUCUUUGUUGGUCAAAUCCGAGGGAGGCGAGGUCGAGGAACUCGUAUGUGAAGAGAACGGCGUUUUGAUCAGCACCAUUCUACGCCAAUACUUUAUGAGCUUGAAGGUUCUCGGUAAAUGGGGACGCUGGAGUGCCAGUCUGCAUAGACACUGGGGCUCUGUGCAUCGCAAUUUGCACGGCGAGGGCUGGUUGAAGCCACCCUCUGCAGCGGUGUCACCGGUCUCGGAAAAGGCACCAGUGCAUCGUUUUGACUCGCGACCAGCCCUGAAACGAACUUCUCGAUCCACUCAUUACUAUGGACGCUUCCCCGAGGAGGCUGACCUUGAUGCUGUAUCUCUCACUGCCAGUACCAAUGACAGUGGAACCAAUACCGACGAGAUGGACUCGGACUCGGACGAUGAUCCCGAUAUUCUAACCUCACCCCGCUCACGAAUUAACUAUGUUACCCAACCCGCACGAUCUUCAGCCGACGAAGACUAUCGAUUGCAGUUGGCUCGGCGGGUGGUACGCAAGUGGAUGCGACACGCUGGCCUCCAGCCCAACUACCUCAAUAUGACUGAUGGGGAGGGCGAAUUCACGCCCCCUUGGACGUCUGGUAUCUCCCCGCAGUUGGAAGGUCGCAUUGUGAUAGAGGUGUCAUAA